ACCGUGACCCCGACUUCCGCGUCCCUGUCACCCCCCUCCAGUAUCAUCCGCCCUAUUUGAUCCAGUAGAACAAUUGUCCCGAUAGAAUUUCUCCCCUGUCAAUCCCACCUGGAUUCCGCCCACCCCCCCUGCAGUGAGGAAGACACUCGCCUAACGGUGACCAAGAAGGAUGUCGCUCUCCCCGGAUUCCCGCGAUAAUUAUGUCCCCAUCAUCGACUCAAUUCUGGCCAAGAGUGAUCUGACGACGAUCUCGGAGAAGCGCAUUCGCAAAGGCCUGCAGGAUGUGGUCGGUUAUGAUCUUACUCCGCAGAAGGCUGCGAUCAAGCAGCUGAUCAUGGAGAGGUUUGAUAUCUUCGCGGAAAAAGGUGGCAUUGGCGAGUCCCCCCAGCCCGAAUCGAAUUCCGUGUCCACCAAUGGCCACGGGAAGGACAAGGACUCCGUGACGCCGGUGGAGCCGUCCUCCCCGGCGCAGUCGUCCAUGUCGCAGAAACGACAGGCGGAGAGCGAGGAGCCUGCGGACCUCUCGAGCAAGACUCCGCCGGCCAAGAAGAAGAAGUCAGACCAUGACGUGGAUGCAGAUGCCGUGUUCGCGGCCAAGCUGCAGGCGGAAGAGAAUCUGCGCGCCCGUCCGACCCGUGGGGGCAACACGCGCCGGACGCAGCCGGUCAAAAAGAAAACCAAGGCCAAGACGGCGAAGAAGGUCAGGGCAGAGGAUGAUUCGGACUUGGAGUCGGGGUCGGAUGCGGGGAAGAAGGUCAAUCGGUCCACUGGAUUCCACAAACCCCUGAAUCUCUCACCGGCCCUGUCUGCUCUGUUAGGGGGUGAAUCGACGCUGUCACGCCCCCAGACGGUAAAGAAGAUCUGGGCAUAUAUCCACGAGCAUGAACUGCAGGACCCGAGCGACCGACGGCAGAUCCGCUGCGACGAACCCAUGCGCGCUGUCUUCAAGCAAGACCGGAUCCACAUGUUUACGAUGACCAAGAUUCUCAGCCAAAACCUAUAUAGUCCUGAUGAAUAGUCUGCCGCCCCUCCACUGUAUGUGGGCGGGAGCCUACGAGGAUCAUAGGCCACCGGGAGUCUGUCUCCAUGGCUCCCUUCUUUACGAUUUUCCGAAUACCUGUUACUGCACCGCAUUGGCAACCAGGCGUGAUCAUGAUUGGUUUUUGUGAUUUUACGAUGCGCUCCUUUUACUCCGGACACUCAUUGGCGAUUGGAUUGCUUUCCCUUUCCUUUGUGAAUUUCUUAAUAUCAUUCUGUUUUUCUUUCUUUUUCUAUCGUUACUGCUGA